CGAGCCCCUGUUCCAUGCUGCAGCAGUAGUGUAAACACAGCCGGCUACGCUAGUUAGCUGCUGUACUUAGCCCUGUGAGCUCCUGCAGGGCUUUAACCCAGCUGUAUCUCUGCAGUUAUCAAUAUUUAUCAGUUUUCUGAUUCCAGAACCUCAUCCAGCUGCUGUGUUACCCGCAGUAUGAGCGCUCAGACCCGGCUGAAGGUGUUCGUGACCCGGCGGCUCCCUCAGGAGGGCAUGGAGCUCCUACAGCAGUCAGCAGGGUGUACUGUAUCAGUGUGGGACUCCGAUGAACCGGUUCCUCGAGCAGAACUCCUUAAGGGGGUGGAAGGAGCUCACGGUCUGCUCUGCCUGCUCUCGGACCGGAUCGACACCGAGGUUCUGGAUGCAGCGGGCCCCAACCUGAAAGUUAUCAGCACCCUGUCUGUGGGAUUCGACCACCUCGCAAUUGAUGAGGUAAAGAAACGGGGGAUCCGCGUUGGCUACACUCCAGAUGUGCUGACAGAUGCUACAGCUGAGUUGACUGUAGCUCUUUUAUUGGCCACUGCUCGACGGCUACCUGAGGGAAUACAGGAGGUGCAAAGUGGUGGCUGGAGCACCUGGAAGCCACUGUGGCUGUGUGGUUAUGGGCUUUCUGGCAGUACUGUUGGAGUGAUUGGCCUGGGACGCAUAGGCCUGGCCAUUGCACGAAGGCUGAUGCCGUUUGGGGUAAAGAGGCUGCUUUACUCAGGACGGCAGCCCAAACCACAGGCUCAGGAAGUGGACGGAGAAUACGUACCAUUGGACACACUCUUGAGUGAGAGUGAUUUUGUGGUGGUGUCUUGUGCUCUGACCCCCGACACUCAGGGUCUGUGUAACAAGGCCUUCUUCAGCAAGAUGAAGAAAACUGCAGUCUUCAUCAACACCAGCAGAGGAGCUGUUGUGAAUCAAGAGGACCUGUUUGAAGCCCUCUCUACUGGACAGAUUGCUGCAGCCGGGCUUGAUGUGACAACUCCAGAGCCACUGCCCACUGACCAUCCCUUACUGACCCUCAACAACUGCGUGGUUCUUCCCCACAUUGGCAGUGCCACCUAUUCCACACGUGGAAUUAUGGCUCAGCUGUCUGCCAACAACCUGCUGGCCGGCCUGAGUGGAGAUGCUAUGGCCAGUGAACUGAAGAUGUAGGGCCCCCUAAGUGGGUUCUGACAUGAGCACAAACACUCCUCCAGCCUCCUGAGUAGAGACGAGGGAUGACCCUGACCAGAGAUGCUGUUGAGAUUUAGAUACCCUGUAGUACUCACUAAUUAUCAAUCAUCUCACUUACUGCUGCAAUAUUAUUUUUUACUGUAGAUGUUUUACAUUUUCUAUGUCUGACAAUUUCAUAAAACAAUCACUUAUA